AUGAAGAACACGUUGUUCGACGACAUGAGCAGAAAAUUACAGUCCAGAGACAAAGAAAAGCAGGCAGAGCACAACAAGAAGUCAUCGCAGGAUAUAACUGCAGCGAAUAGUUGCAGGAGGGGUUUCAAGAAAUGGAAACGUUGUAAAAUGGGGAGAAGAGCAUGGAUAAAGCUUAUAGUAGUCGCCACUGUCCUGUAUUCAGGCCUUAUGUCCAUUAUGCAACAGCUCAUUGUGGAAUCCAGCUCUGGAAUAUCAUACUUUUUUUGGUCUCUCGCGGGCGUAUAUGGAACUCCCAUACUGAUUCCAAUUAUCUAUGCGUGCGUGCUAGCAGCGUUCUGCUGCUCAAAAACAGCGAAAUGUGUACUGGACAAAAUUUGGAAGAAGAAGGAGAAGGAGGAAGAUCCCACAGAAACGAAAAGCAACGAAGGAGAAGUAAAUAAGAAACCGGAGACUCCCGGUAAUCAGAAGGUACCUGGAAAACCAGAAGUACCUAACAAGCAGGAAGCAUCUGGGAUAUUAGAGGUACCUAAGAAACCGGAGACACCCAGGAAAUCAGAGGUACCUAAGAAACAGGAAACACCUAAGAAAACAGAAGUAUCUAACAAAUCGGAUGUACCUAGGAAACCAGAAGCACCCGGGAAAUCAGAUGUACCUCAGAAACAGGAAACACCUAAGAAACCAGAAGUACCUAACAAGCAUGAAGCAUCUGGGAUAUUAUCGGUACCUAAGAAACCUGAGACACCCAGGAAAUCAGAUGUACCUGAGAAACAGGAAACACCUAAGAAACCAGAAGUAUCUAACAAAACGGAGGUACCUGGAACCACAGAAGUGCCAAAGAAACCGGAAGUACGCGCAAAAGCACAAGCACCUGGGGAACCAGAAGUACUCGUGAAACCGGAAUCAUGUGGAAAAUCAGAAGUACCUAAGAAAGCAGAAAGUGCAUUAUGGGCAGAUAUGCAGAAUGUGUUAGCACAAUUCGUGGAUUACAUGCACGACAUAGAGGAUAACUUAGACGCCUAUGCCACAAACUGUGAGGCUGCAGGUUGGACACGUAGAGGAUACAGGCAUAAGGGCAUAACGUAUCGCGGGCACACAGUUGCGGACGUAAUGAAAUGCAGACUGAUGGUUGGAGCAUUACAUUUUGUCACUGGGUGGCAAUCUCCUCAGCCGCCGGAUACGCACGAAUCGCAAAAUGAUAAGGACAUGAAGGCUAUUAUGAGGUGCAUGGUAGCAAAUGUUUUUGCGUAUAUAUUGGCUGGAAUAAAGUGUGGAGGCGAGUGGCUCGGGCCAGAUUGGGCAUGGGAAACCAUGAAGCAGUUUGCCCAGGCCAUCCACCAAUCGUCUAAUCCGAUUUCAGAUGGCACCUGCACGAAAGACAUAUAUAAGGGUAUUAAAAUAGGGAAAGGGAACUUAAAGGCAGCGGUAAGAAAAUGGUUCAAGCAAAGUAAACGUGUACGUGAUAGUAUAACACAAAUAGAGAAGCACCCAAAGUGUAAAAUGAAUUGGGAAAUGUACAAGAAAAGUUUUGAGGCAACAGGGGAAGCUGCAGACCUUUCCAGUAUAUUUAAGAAGGAAACCAUGCAAACGUUAGUGAAGGAACACAUAAAAGAGGUGCUUACGACAAUUAGCAAAAAGGUACACCAGAAGGUGGAGAAGGCGCGCAAAAGGGUGCAGGUUUCCGCGGACUCUCCGGAUAGUGCUGUUGAAUCUGAGGAUGAUGAGGAGAACGACGAUGAUGAUGAUGAAGAUGAAGAUGAUGAUGAGGAGGAGAAGGAUGAGGAAGCAGACGACCAUGAUCAGGACCAUGAAGAGCAGGACGCGAAUGAGAAAAGCAAGGAGAAAAAGGAGCACACGGACGGAGGCACGUCACAAGGGAAAACGGCAGAUGCAGUAGAUGUGAAGACAUCGGAGAAGGACAAGAAGAGUGAUCAGAGAUCCCCGGGACUUGCAGGAACAGAGGGAGGAAGAGCAGGGUCAACAAAGGCAGGGGACACUAACAGCCCCGCUGGAGGAUCCAAUGAUGAAGGCAACGGCGGCACACAACCACAAGUACCGGCAUCUCCAGUAUUACCAGCACCACCGCCCCCGGGGGCGCCACCUUCUCCACCAAGGAGACCAUCGAUCACUCCCCCGGAAGAACCAGGACCAGCAGGCGGAUCUGCAGGUACAGGAAGUACAGGUGUUGAGGUCAUAGAUGAGGAUGCUACAAGCGGCCCAGGUACUGGAACUACACAGAUCACGACAGGUACAGGUCAGCAGCAUGCACCGCCGGCACCCGCCCCCGCACCGGGAGCAGUACCACCAGGUGCAGGAGAACCUCAAGGACCAGCAUCCCCGGGACCUGCGCCAGCAGCAGGAAAAUCAGAGGAAGUUGCGGAACCACCAGCAGACGCACCAGCGGCAGUAGCACCGAAAGCAGAAGCAGCCCCGACAGCAGAAGCCGCCCCGCCCCCGAACCCAAAUCAAUCGGGUAGUAGUGGCAGUUUCAGUGAUGCUGAUUUGGCGGAUGGAGUGUCUGGUGGGGAAGGAAAGGGAGGUGCCGGACAAGGAGGUGCAGGAGGAGGAGGUAGUAGUGGUGAGGGUGGAGGAGGUAGUAGUGGUGGUGGAGGCAGCCGUAGUGCUGGUGGCGGUGGACCCCGUGGUUCCCCUCCUUCCAGUGGCCAGACUCCAGAAACCAAAGACCAACCUCUUCCUACCCUCCCUCCGUCGAAACCCUUCGACCCCAAGGAUCUCGUCCCAUAUGUACCCGCGAUCAUUCCCGCGGUGGUUGCUAUUGGGCUCAUUGCCUUUUUCCUAUGGAAGUAUUUUGCGUACCUCGCCAAACGACGACGAACAUAUCGAACCGUUCGUGACAUCCCGUCACCGCCACUAGACGAAGAAAUAUUGCAACAUCUACAACGCGGCGACCUGCCGCCACCCGAUUCCGGGUACACCUUGGUUAGGCAUAGGCCACCUGCGUCAACAUCCGCCCGACGACCACGCCCCACACGCGUGCAUAAGCGCACGAUCAUCGAGCUACAUCUAGAAGUGCUACACGAAUGUGAAGCGACCGAAUGGGAAAACGUCAAAGAGCAUUAUUGGCAGAUUGUCGUGGAGGAGUUUGCGCAGGACGUUGCACAUGACCUGCAGCCCGAUGCACACGGGCAUAGUAGUUCCCCGGCUUCUUCGUCGAAUCACGAUUCACCAGGCAUCCAUGUUUCCUCCACCGUGGAUCCAUCCACUGACACCGCUGUAACGGAUGCAUCUCCACCUAACGAAGAUAACCCAUGGAGUUGUAUGGAAACCAUACAGUUAGCAACCGACCCUUGUCCACCUAACGACCCCGAUCCAUGGAGUUGUAUGGAAAACAUACAGUUAGAAACGGACGCAUCUCCACCUAAUGCAGAGGACCCCGAUCCAUGGAAUUGUAUGGAAACUACACAAUUACACACGGACCCUUGUCGACCUACGGAAGAGGACCCCGAUCCAUGCGGUUGUAUGGAAACUAUACAAUUACACACGGACGCAUCUCCACCGAAUGAACACGAUCCAUGGCGUUGUAUGGAAACCAUACAUCCCGAAAAACAACAGCGGCAUGUCCAUUCCCACCCUGGGGACGCGCCGUCGUACUGCACCUACUGGAUUAACUGGAUUCACCGCAACAAGCACCUAUUGCAGGCGUGCACGACGCAGCCGUGGUUUCUGCAAUUAAAAGCGGAUUGGAAACAAUACCUACGUGAGCACAUGGUGGCAGACGCAGCAUCCAGUGAGCACAAGACAGCCGCAACCAUGGAAAGCAAGAAAUUGGAAGCAUGGAAAGAAUGGGUUGCAAAACAACAUAACCACAUUGAAACUUAUAGUGAAGAAGAGUGGUUUAGGCAUUUAUUAGAAAAUAUCGAAGAAGACACUGUAACCGCAGCAGAAAAAGUACCGGAAAAUUGCGCUAUACAUGCAGUUGAAACACACUUAGACGUGGAAAAAGCAAUGGGCACAGAACACUUGCUACACGUGCCAGAUAUACCAGAGUCCCAACCGCUGCAUCAGCCACCUCAUAUGAACAAACCGUUAAGCGCUACAACAUGGAUACUGAUCCUGGCAUUAGUCAUAGAACACUGCGAGCUCGAGAGCCGUUUGCAGGAGAAGGAGUUAUAUGUGGAUGAUCUAUUGCAAAAGCUCUGA